AAUUUGGCGAAAUCGAUAGUUCUAACAAUGAAAAUUUCAACGCUCACGGUCAAUCUGUCACACAACAUUGUCAAUCUUAUGUAUUUACACGUAAUAAUGGUGAUGGAAGAAAAGUACGCAUUAUUGAUACACCUGGUUUUGGUAAUACACGAGGUCUUGAUCAAGAUGAACAAAAUAUGGAACAUAUUUUACAAUAUAUCAAUAAUCUUACACAUUUGAAUGCUAUUUGUUUUCUUCUUAAACCAAAUCUAUCAAGAUUAAAUAUCUUUUUUCGUACAUGUCUUACUCAAUUAUUUUCUCUUCUAUCUCCAACAGUUCGUAAUAAUAUUAUAUUUGUUUUACUAACGCUCGAUCAACAUUUUAUACACCUGAAAGAGAAUACAUUUUGUUUUGAUAGUGAAUCAUUUCGAUAUUUAGUUGCUUUACAAAAUGAUAUUAAAUUCAAUGGUGAAGAAAAACAAAAGUACGAAAUGCGUUGGUCAACAUCAGUAAAAGAAGCCAAUCGUUUGAUUGAUUAUAUUAAUGAAAAGCUCACGGUAUAUCGUAUUGACAAAGAAUGGCAAUCGAUUAAACAUGCUCAAUUCGAAAUUUUUUAUAUGAUUCGUCCAAUAUUAGAAACAAUAAGAAAUACUCUUCGUAAUCUCAUCUUAUACAAGGAGAAUCUAUUGAAUGAAUACAUUGAAAUAAAUUCGAAACCUGUUCAUGUUGCAGCUAAUCAUUGUCGUUCUUGUAAAGGUAAUGUAAAACAAGUUGGCAGAUUUUGGAUUUUAUGUCCUACUCAACAUGAAAUUCGUAAUGCUUGUAAUAUGUGCGAUUGUACUCUCGAUCAACAUGUUUCAAUUGAUUAUGUUCUCGACUAUAAAUGUUCAAAUAAACUAUCCAGCAAUCCUCAAAAUAAAAUGAGUGAUAUACUAAACAAACUGUGUGAUGCGAGUGUUAAAAUAGUUCAUUUUCUUAUUUAUGCAGCUUGUUCCACAAAAGAUGAUCCAUUUUUGAAGGGUUUGAAAGAAAUGAUCCGAGAAGAAACAUAUAUCUGUGAAAUGGAAAAAUCUAAUGCUUUGAAUUUACAGUUGGCUGAAGAAUUGUUGAAAGUUGAAAGUCAGUAUAAACAACAAUGGAACAAAGUGAAAUUAGCCCAAGAAAAUAUUGAUUUACCAGGUGUAUAUAAAUUAAUUAAGCUGAUCAGUGAUUAUCCUACAGUGCACGAGCAGAUGGUGGCUGUUAAGAAAAGACAAAAGAUGAUGCUUGAAGAAUAUGAAUAUGAAGCAGAUAAGAUUUGA